CGUAACGGCGGAUACAAUAGUGCUUCGCUAGUCGGGCGGGUGUUCGUAAUGAAAGCAUAGCUGUUGAUUGUAAAAAAAUAUAAUCCUAAUGCUGAGUGAAAGAAGAGGGAGGUGUUCACAUAUCCCUUGUUGACGUAGGAGGAAAAUUAUACGAAUUAAUUUUCCUACCACGAUUCUUUGUUUCUAGCGGCAUAGUCGCGGUUGCACCCAAUAACUGCCCUGUGUGUAUGCUCGGAACCAAAUGUGAAUCAUUCGAAAGACAUACAAGUGUCUAUAGUGAAUGAAUGUUUUGGGGUGAUUGUGUGGUGGAAUGCACUCGAAAUCCACGUGUAAUCUGAGGAGGUGUGUGAUAAAUCGAAUUUGUGGGCGUCCAUUCGCACACCGAAUGGUGUUCGGUGGUGUUUCGUACAAUUGAAGAGAUUUGACGUGAGGUGAAACAAACACAUAUCCUGAUAUAUCCAAUAAACGUAGCAAUUCUUCAACAUCGACUCAAAAGUUUUGUGUGUAUCAACAAAAGGAAGUAUUCUUACGAAGCCAAUACAGUGGAGUGAAUAACCAGACAACGUGGCAACGAAAAUCGAAGUAAGAAAUCAACAUCUACGACCACGACCGUUGUGAGUUUAACCUAACCUUUGAGCUUUCUCACUUCUCGAAUAUGAUUGCUUGCUUGAGACAGGAAAAUAAAUAUUGCAAUUCAAAGAAAUCAGACAGCAUGAUGGUGGUUGCGUGUGUGAGGAACGCGAAGGAAACAAAGGAUUACGAAGAAAUCUGUUUGUGAAAUGAAUAGUUUAUUCAUCCUUAUCGAUCGAUGAUUUAUUUAUCCUUUCGGUCAAUUUGAACGAUCCCACAGAGUGUCGUGAUCAAUUUAUCGGAAUCAAAAGGUGAAUACCCGGAAAAAACACAUACUAUUCGCAAUUAUUCGUGUGAGUGUCUCAACAUAUUUCUGAGAUAACCAGAAGGACUGGAAUCGUGUACGCCAUGGCACAACUUUUUUUUGAACACCCUCACUUCACCAGCAUGAUAAGCAUCGUCAACCGUAUUCCACAUCGCUUGAUAUCAAACUUGAGAACUGAUCCCUUCUUAUCACCUUUAACAAAAGAUUGAACGACCAACAAGAACAAUUCGGCACCGAAAACCUGGAAUUAUCUUCAUUUGCUCGGUAUUUUAGCUGUGGUGAAGUGUAAAGAAUUCGUGCCCUUCUAUUGUAGUCACACCUAGUGGCAGCAUCACCAAUAGCAUAAUUCUCGAGAGUGGAGGAUUGAAAACCCAAAUAGUGGUACCAUAGAGGUUUGGUCAGACAAUUCAGAAUCGGAUAACCAUCAGAUAACACAGGCAAAAAUAUACCACACAGCAGAUGAUCUGAUGCGAUUAUGGGAUGCUUAGUGCACAUUUGCUAGCCCAAGUUGCUAGAAAGAGCCGGUAACUGGUUGCUGUCGUGUCAUGAUUCCUCCGUUUCGAGGACUCUAACUAAUUGUCAGUCAAGCCGUGUCUAGCUUACCUGUAUUGCACUGAAAGGGGUUUUCCUUGUUCCAUGCCAUAGUAUCGAAACACACAACUAAGAACGAUAGCAACCGCCGCUAGAGAACAAAAAAAAGGAUGCCCUAGAACUACACCAAACCGAAAGAGGAAAUUCCAUAAGGCUCAUAAACGCAGAAUAAUAGCUGGCCAGACGAGCACCACAAAGCCUGCCGACUCUAGGAGAGUGGUUUCAUAUAGAGAUGAAAUAAUGAGUGGUAAAGGUGGCAAAAUUAAAUCACAUUCAUUCUGGUGCUGCCAUAGUCGGAAGAAAACAGAAACUAAAUCGUACUCUGUUUCGCUGCAUUGAGUGAUUUGAGGGGGAGCUUAAACGGAGUCACGCAGUAGCGCGACUGAAAGUGCUGGAGCGCGGUAUAAUAACCAUUUUUAAAAGGAUAUUGCCAGAUAGGGUAAGCCAGAAAAAAGGCAAGUGAGAAAGCAGGAAAAAAGUCAAAAGCAGCUCUUAAAAAUUAAUUUAGCGCAAGCUGGCUUUUAGUGAAGUGGUGCAAUUAUUCUGAAUAAAAUAUGUGGAAACGGGUUUGCCACGACCUAACGAUAUUGAGUGCAACGAUGCUAGUGACUGCGUUGGUGAUCCUUUUCGCUGGCAUUUCGCAGGCACAGAUAGACUGGGCUGAGGACGAUGACGAUCCAGUCUCAACAACGACGGUGGAAGCAGUACUAGGGAGGACAGCAACUUUACCCUGUGAUAUUACUCCAGACGAACUGAACGAUCGUGUCUACAUGGUGCUGUGGUUUCGUGAGAGCGCGGGAAAACCUUUGUAUAGCUACGACGUUCGAGGGAGACAAUAUUCCAAAGCCCUGUAUUGGUCGGAAACGGCCGCGUUCGGACCGCGGGCCUAUUUCGUGACAGUGUCGAAACCCGCAGCCCUAACGGUGGACAACAUCCAGCUUGACGACGAAGGGGUCUACCGAUGCAGGGUGGAUUUCCAAAAUUCGCCUACUCGCAAUCAUCGAAUAAAUCUCACUGUAACAGUUCCUCCACACCAAAUAUUGGUGUACGAUGCUUCCGGACGAGAUGUUGCUGGUGCUAUUGGACCACUUCAGGAAGAAGACAAUCUAGUUCUAACUUGUGAGGUUAGAGGAGGUCGCCCGGAACCGACCGUAACAUGGCUCAAUGGCGAUGAGGUGAUGCAAACAGGUGGCGGUGUGUCGAUGGGACGCCAUGUGACUGUGAAUCGCCUGGAGAUACAUAAAAUAGCGCGUUCAGCACUGAACAACACGUACAAAUGUCAAGCGUCCAACACUAUCCUUGUGCCACCAGCGGAAAGGAGCGUGCGGGUAGAAAUGCUACUGAAACCAGUAACAACCACUAUGUCGUCCAAACCGAAACAAUUAAUAUCAGAACAAGAGUACACUUUGGCCUGUGAUGUGGAAGGAUCAGUACCAGAUACCGAUAUUAGAUGGAUGCAAAACAACCGUCCUUUCAUGAAAGGAAAAAUUAGAACGGUUAACAACAGUUCGGUCGUUACCUCGGUGCUAUCCUUUCGUCCCCACCCGGACGACGAUGGAACCAUUCUUAAGUGCGAGGGUUCCAAUCCAAGACUGCAAAACUCAGUGCUGGAAGAUUCGGUCAUUAUGAACGUUAUGUACCCGCCGCAAGUAACGCUUUCCCUAGGAUCAACGCUUAAUCCGGACGACAUAAAGGAGGGCGAUGAUGUCUACUUUGAGUGUCACAUUAAGGCAAAUCCGAGAGAGCACCGCAUAACAUGGUCCCAUGAUGGUUUACCAGUGACACAGAAUGUGACAUCGGGGGUGAUUAUUUCGACGCGUUCGCUGGUGCUGCAACGGGUUGGACGAUACCACUCUGGCAUGUACGCCUGCUCGGCUGCCAACGAUCGAGGCGAGACGCAGAGCGAGCCGGUUUUACUUAGGAUUCACUUUGCGCCGGUUUGCGCUUCCAGCAGUAUCAUGAUCGUUGGUGCAUCAUUGGACGAAACGGUUCCGGUUCCGUGCCAUGUAGCUGCCGAUCCGCUGGACGUUUCGUUCGACUGGAACUUCUCCAACAGUGGCGAGCGUUUUGAGGUGACCAGCGGUCAGUUUAAUCUGUUGCAAGAUUUUCACUCCUCAUCGGCGGACGGAUCCCUGGGCGGGGCGCCAUCGCUAUAUGACGGUGCGGACGAAAGCACAGAAACCAUUUACGAGCUGCUCUAUACGCCCAAAAGUGAAAGAGAUUAUGGCACACUUGCUUGCUGGGGGAAAAAUUCGAUUGGCAAACAAAUCGAACCGUGCCUCUUUCAGGUCGUUCCCGCAGCGAAACCCGCACCGUUGCGCAAUUGCACCCUUCGGCCCUACUCGACGCUGUCGAGCCACAGUACAACGUCUAAUUCAUCUGCAGCGUCAGCAUCCUCAUCGUCGUCCUCAGCGUCAUUCUAUUACGGGUCGGCUGCUGCUGGCGACAUGGAAACAGCCGCAGCAUCGCCAUCUUCAUCGUCUUCAUCGGCGUUGUCAGCUGAUGGCGGCAGCAUCGUCGCAGGUCAGCAUUAUCGAGAAUCUAAUUAUAUCAGCACACAAUUCGUUAAAGAUCGGAUCGUGUCAAACGAACGAACGAAUAUUACAAAAUUCAAUCAGAAAAGUGCGAUCCACGGCGGAAGUAGUGACACUGUAUCGAGAAAACGUGAACAGAUCAAACAGAAAAAUUUCACCCACUCCUACGGAACGUCGGGUGGAAGCAAUGGGAGAAUUAGCGCAACCAGUCAAAUUGUAGGAUCAGCUUCGGAACAAUCGGAAGAGGAAGGGGAAGCGAAUGGAAAACGUGGAAUCCGGGCAACAUCCCGAAUGUCAUCGUCAUUCGCAGAAGCAAAGUCGGUAUUUAGUUCCUCAUUAUCAACAGGAUCAUUCCCAUCGUCGGCAUCCGAUUCCGUCGGCACCGAUGCGAAUAGGAGGAAAACAGUUUUGAAUAAUGAAAGAAAUAUUGGCACGAGCUUGUUCAACACGGUAUCACUAGCACGGGAAAAUUUCCAGUCUAGUCCCUAUUCCACCGAUGGCAGCAGCACCAGGCAAUCCGAAGGAACUAUAUUCGAUGCUAAUCACAAGCUGCCAAAAAGAGAGGGACUAUUUAAUGAAAACCUAGCGAAUGGAAUAAAUAAAACGCAUUCCGAUGGUGAUGAUGAUGAAAUUUUCAAUAGCAGCAUCAUUGACAAUCAGGAAGAAGAAAACUUCGGCGCCAUUCGAUCGGAGAGUAGCAGUAAUAUACGUACCAGCAGUAGCGGCAGCACAACGAAGAAUAAUUAUCACGACACAGUGGAGAAUGCACCAAUUGCAUCGAAAUUGAGAUGGAAUAAUAUUCGAUACAAUCGGUACCAUUCGAUUGAUGACGGUGGAGGUGGAGGUGCUGGCAGCGGGGGCAGAAAUGCGCCAGCUGCUGCCGGUGGCUCUGCUGCCGCAGGCUAUGGUCCGGGCACCAGCAUACAUUCGUUCAGUCACUAUAUGGAGAGUGUGGAGAUUCCCACCACGAUGGAGCUCGAAUGUGUGGCCGGCUAUGACGGGGGACUGCCGCAGCAUUUUUUCCUCGAAGCCUACGACUCGAGAACCCGGAAGCUUCGGCUCAACAUCACAAGUGCACUUAGCGAUGUGCCUUUGUUUCGCAUCGACCUGUCCGAGCUGGUCCCCACCGAUUCCUACACUCCAACUCUUCAUUUGAUCGCCUAUAGUGUCAACCAGAAAGGACGCUCAGAGCCGACGAUUCUGGAAGACAUAGCCAUCAAUGAAGCUGAAAAAAGGACAGACAGAACGGAUGGUUUUUCAAUUCUCCCGCUUGCGGCUUUACUUACCGGUGCACUGUUCACCAUCGGCAUCGCUGUCCUGCUGAUCGUAGUUCUGGCCAUACGGAGAAAGCGUGACGGCCACGGCACUGGUUUGUGUGACGGCAAGGAGAAGCAUAUGGGCAUGGAUAUCACAGUAACCACACCACUCGAGAUGGGCAUGGGCCAGCAAAAGUACGUGGUCGCCUACACACUCAAACAGGGCGUGGAAAAGCAGCCCGAUAUUCUGAACGCACAGAAAACCCAAGGCUCGGCCAGUAUACAAUCGAUAAAGGACAUCCAGAAGAUGGGCUCCCCGCUGGGAAUUAGACCGGAUGCAUUGUGUAACACUGGGGUAGGCGGUGGGUGUAUCACUGUUGGUGCAAAACAAAGCACGAUUUAUGCCACACAGAGCUACGACCAAAAAUCGACACCUUCCAGUCGACAGAGCACAUUAAAACGGAAUGAUACAUCCAACACGUACAGUUUACUACAACAACAACAACAGCAACCACACCAUCUCCACAGCACAUCUUCACCGUCCACUACUGCUGGUUUACCACAGUAUUCUACAGGCUACGCCUCUGGUGGCAAUGAUCUGCUGAAUUAUGAAAAACCAUUCGGUUAUUCAACAAUCCAAUACAAUCACAACCCUCCACCACCGGUCGAUCCAUACAGCUACAAAAGUUCAGUUCCGGAUACAGCCGAAGCACUUGAUUAUGACAAAAACCUUGACUAUAGACUGCUCAGUAUAUCGAACGAGAUUAAAAAUAACUCAACCGCAAGCCAUAUCGAACAUAGGAACAAUAAUCACAGCAGUAGUAAUAAUCUUCAAUCCGGCGUCAGCAGCAAUCGAGGACAAGCUGUCCACACCUCCACCGGAAGUGUCAGCGUUAAUCCAGAGUACCGAUAUUCUGGAUCGGAGUACACUACGGAUUUGAUGGAAUUUAGUAACGUUCCAUCACCUUCGUCUUCCACCAACAUUGGAGCUACGCUAGCGAAGAGCAAGAACCGUCAGCAUAUCAUUACCGAUACACUACCGGGACCGGAGAGCUGCGUGUAGAGUUGUCGUAGCUUAAUAUUUUUGUACAGUAGUGUCUCGAUUUUACCGACAAACCCCAUUCUGUCGUACAGAAGUUUGCGAUUGUUGCAGUUGCAUAACCUCGUUGUCAUUUGCUAGUUGAAAUUAUCAAAGUUGUUGUGUUAUUCAUCACAGCAUAGCAGAAAAUGGAAAUAGAAACAAUUCUUGUUUUGCUUCUUUUUGAAACGCAGUGAAAACGUUGUGAAGAAGGAAAAAAAAGACCGAACUUAGCUUUCGGCGGAUACAGUAGUCAAUUCAUUUGGUUUUCGUAAAUGAUUUAUGGGAUUUUAAGUGACUGAUAGUUUAUAACAAAAUGUGGUUUUCUGACCAUUUGUGAAAGUUAUUUAACGAUGGAUUUUAUGUACGAUGUAUCGUGUGCUCCACACAACUAUGUUUAGUACUAAAGAAAGUCUUCCACCAAAGUAAAGUAGCAAAAUGCAAUCCAACGAAAAGGUUCAAUAUUGUUAAAAUUUUCGAAGCAAUUAUAAAGAGUCGUCUCCAGCUUAGUAUCAUUUCCGCGAAAGAUAGACGGAUGAUUAUUUGACAUUAAUAACGAAGCUAAUUUUUUUGGUUUUUUUCCUUAUUGUCCAUUAUUUCCAACUUCAACCCGGUAUUUUUUUAAAAUACGAGAAGAAUUAGAUCUUCCAGUAAUUCCCCAAAUGAAAUUCUUAAUUUGCAAUAUUAUACGAGAACACAGGCGAAAGUUCCAAAAGAGGCGAACUCUUUUUAAACGUAUAAAAACAAAGGCGUUUAGAUUUGGCAGCUGUAAAUGUCAUUUUUAUGGGGGAAUCCAUAAACAUGUCAGUCAAUCUUUAUCUCCAGUGAUUCUUGAAUUGUACCGAAAAUGAAAAUCCAAGGCACUGCUCCGAACCAAAGCCGAUCGGAGAUUUGCAGCUGCUAGGUCUUUACUAUAAACACGAAAGGACAAUACCACCAAACGGCUCUAAAAGAUUUAAUUUCUACUAGGUUACUCAUGAAUAUUCAACACGAAAGCAAAACAGCUGUGAAAAUCAUAUCUAUCCACACCCGAUUGAUCCAUAUCUAGUAUAAAUCAAAUCAUUCCACGUGACAAAGCCGAACUUUAGUCACAAAUAUUUAAUCGAAGAACUAAUUAUAUCUUCCGACAAUGAUCCAUAUCCUGCUAGUGUGUGUAAACUAGUUCCCGAUUCACUUGUUACAGACAGAAAAUACCUUAGAGAAAAGUUGUUGUGUAAAGAAUUUUCUUUUUUGUACUGAAUAAGUAGGAAAUUUGUAAAAAAAAGCAAUUCCCUAUUAUUUUCGCUCAAAAGUGUUCUGUAAAUACUCAAGGUGGGAACAUAGCUAAAGAAUACAUCUCUCACAACAGUGAAUCAUGUGUAAAAACAAUGUACAAAUUGGCGAAAUUGAAACGAUCCAGCGAAUGAGACGAAAUAAUCAACUAAGUGUAAGUUAGAGAAAGGUUUAAUUCUAAUGUAGUAGCGAAUAAGACAAAAAUGACAAUUCGAAUGUCAUUCCGUCAGCUUGAGUGGCAAAUGUAAAUAGUAUAUAAAUGAGAUGAUUUUAGCGGGACGUGCUUUGAAACUGGGAUAUUGAAUAUGCUCUAAAUACUGGAAUAAAGAAAACAA